CGCCUGUUCCAACUGUGCAUACUCUGUCUUUGUGGUUUCGUCUCAUCAAAAUAAAGUAUACUGACUCCUUGAAGAACAAGUCUUCUGAAAGCUAUAUGAAACUGGAAAAAGAAAUUAAGUUAAUGUUAAAGAAGAUGCUAUCUACCUAUGACAGUUUUCUGCAGACAAAGAUUCUCCAUUUCUUGAAUGGAUCUGUGAUAGUGGAAAGCCAGGUGGUCUUCCAGGCAAUGGGCCCUCUUCCCACCCCCUCUGACAUCAUUCGGACAAUUGUGACAAAGGUUGAGAUCCAGGAAAUGGAUACCUUUUUUGACUGGAGGAUGGAUGUGAAAUCUUUGCGCUCAAAUGGAAUCAGCUUGAAAAAUCUAGAACCUGAGAACUUGGUCAUAUCUUUCACCCUCCUGGGGCUGGGGUCCAUAUCAGCCUUGGGUGACAAGACCCUUGGAGAACACUUGGAAAGUUUGAAAAUCAAGAUGAAACUUUUGCUUGGAGCCCGAUAUGCAGUUCAUUUGAUCUCACUUGUUGACAUCAGAAAUAUCCAAGGUGGCAUUGAUGUAAACGGAAAUAUCUUCAUCAAGAGUGAUGCUCACGUGGACAUUGGAUGGACUCUCAAAGCACUGAUAGGGCUUUCAAACUUCUCAGUGGACCUCAUGUCACUCUCCAUCAAUGGUUCAAGGCUCAAGCUUCAGGUCUUUCCAGUUUCAUUCAUGGUAACCAACAGAGUAUUCACUGAGAAGAUGUUGGACCGUUCUUCUGUAGAACAUCAGAACAUUGCAAAGGAUCUCUCUGAUACGCUUACACGUAUACUUGGCAAAUAUGAAAAUCUCCUCCAAGUGACAAUCCGUAAGAUCACAGGUGGUUCUCUGGUUUGUCACGGGGAUGUGGUAUUCCAGCAUCCAGCCCCAACCAACAAGGAUGUCCUACAGACCCUGGCGUUCUCUGUUGGCUCAAAGGAUUAUCUGGAUUCAUCAAGUUUUCAAGUGGAUCCAUUCUCCUUUACUGUUGCAGGUCAUGGGCUGGAGCCUUUCUUGAAAGAAACUGGUCUUCCUGGCUACGCUGUAGCCCUCAUCAUCUUGUGUCCCCUCACUUUAAUAGUUGUCCCCAUCUUCAUUUGGCUGCCAAAAGCGCUUGGCCGGCGAGACAAGAUUACAAUUAACGGAGUGCGUGAUAUUGAAGUGGAUGUAGAAGCAUUUGAGCUGGAUAACCCAGGAUACCAUGCAACUAUUGAAGAGGGAGACAGCAAACACUCCUGCAUUCUCAUGGAAACCAUUGGCUAAAGGGAUGAUGGUUUUCCCAUGAAGAGGAGCCAUUUUAUCCAUCCUGAGUUAAGGCCCUUAUCAACAGCAGUGAUUCCUGAAGGGCCCAAAGCACUGAAUUGCCAACAUGGUUGGAAGAUGACUACCAAUAACUUCCAGAUAUGAAGGGUUGCUUCUACAGAUCUCAGAGCAAAGUGAAUCUUCCUGUGUCUUCAGCAAAAUUGGAAGGAUAUGGGAAUGUCUGAACCAGAACAGAAAUGUAGCAGUUUCUCUUUGUCAAUGCCACAAUUCAUAAGUGGACAAUUUAUUAAAUUGAAAUUUGAGUUUUAUUAUGUGGAAAAACAAACUCUCUAAAACCAGAUGUCAAAGGUAGAUGGCUCUGUUCUGUUAUGAGCUUUUAAGGAAGAGCAGCUUGGAUGCAGAAGUCAAGCAGGUUGGCCAAAGUUUCUACUGUCCACACACAGAUGUUUCCUCCAAAAGUAGCAUCCCGGCUUCUUUUAUUAUGCUAAGCUGGAUCUUUUAAACUAUGUCUUUAAAACUUUUCUUACUCUCUUUGUGCCAAAGAGAAUUAAAUGGUUCUAUUUUUCUAAAAUUCAGAGUUGGGGGGAAGGGGACUACGUUUAGUCAGAUUUUGAAUUUUCUUUGGGGUGGGGAAGGCCUUGGAGAAGGAGAAAACUUGCCUUUGGUUUAAAUACCUGAUGGUUAAAUUUCAACAGAUACAACUUUGGAAGCUGUGAAAACACUGAUCUUCCAGGAAUCUGAAGGA